GUGUGGCUCACGUUCAGGUUGUUGGACGCCCAUUAUCUCCAGCAUUUGGAGUUGAAAUCCUCGAGCCCUCAGAAAAUUUUGUGUUGAAGGCUUUGAGUUACACACAACCACAGCCUCUACCUCAGGGAACCAGUCAAGAAGCAGAGAGAUUGUGUAGACGAGUACUAAGCUUUCAACAGAUUUUGAAUAUACUGCAGGGUAAUGUAGUUGACCUUGUGGAACAUGAAUGGGAGGAUGAAGAUGGUGAUGAGGAAUCAGAUGAAGAGCUCUUGUAAUCCCUCUUAUAAACUAAACUUGCCUUGAAGAGCUUGUGUAAUAAUGGCAUACAAAAUAAACUUGCCUUUAUAGCUUGUGUAGUACUGUUAUAUAAAAUAAUCUUGCCUCAUUAUCCUUCUCAUCUGGUAUUCUAGAGAUUAAUGUUCAGGUCUGGCAGGAUGCUAAAUCAGGAAUUGAAGUUGAGAAGAACUGCUGAGUUGAUCAGCGGUUUGGUUAAAUGGGAACUGAACUGGAUUUUCUCAGUUACCUUGGUUAUGACAUGUCAGUGAAGAUUUUCACACGUUUGGAUGAUCCGUCUGAUAUUGCUCGUGUUAGCUGUGUCUCUCACUCUUGGCGAGAUUUUGUGAUAGCUAAUGGUCUUGCCAAGCAUCUGUGCUUGAGGAUGUUUCCUCAAUUAUCUGGAGUUGAUCAUGUGGUUGAGCCCGCCUCCAUGGCAGAAAGCCUUGUGGCAGUUGGAUCUAGUAACAUGGAAUGGGAAACGCUGAAGAAAGAGCACAGGGCUUAUGCCUUUUUGGCUCGAGGUUUUAUGUCAUUUCCUGAAGAAGAGAAGUGCAUCUCAGAAGCCAUCAUUGCUUCCAGCACUGAUCGUUUGCCCUGGGAAAGCAUAGAUAAUACUCUGGAGCAGAAUGAUAUAGUGGGAGGGAGAGAUUCAUACUGGUCAAGUAAAGGAUACAGUAAUCCUGCAGUCCCUGAAACUCUAACUUACAAAUUGGUGGCUGAUUUGUGUGUUGUUACUGAAAUCAAAAUAAAACCUUUCAAAGGUAUGUGUUCCAAACUUUUGACUGUUUAGACACCAUUUCACCCUUUUUAAUAUCUACCUUGUACAUUUUCCCUAAUAC